AUGAAUCAACUGGAGCUGUUUCAUCAUAUUGCAAGCGGUGGUUUAGAUUUGGGCAACACAGAUCGACCUCAUUUCACGGAGAUGGUGGUGGUGGAAACAGCUUUAUCGACCCCAUACCUAAUGAAUGAACUGCUCGCGUUCGCCGCAUGCCAUUUCUCGUUCCUGAGACCGAACAAAAGCUCUUUCUACAGACACCAAGCCAUGCAACUACAAACACAUGCCCUAAGUCUCUUCAACAAGACGCCGACCGAGAUCGGUCCACACAACUACAUGGGCGUGGUGGGAUUCAGCUGGUUACUGAGCGCCCACAUGCUCCGCGACACCACCAUAGGCCCGGAGGACGACUUCCUGAACCGAUUUCUACGUUAUCUUGAGGUUUACAGAGGUGUCCGAAUGCUCACAUCACAAGCCUGGCAGUAUCUGCUCGAGUCGAAAAUGAGCAACGUCAUAGCUGCCGGAAUCAAUCUGAGUGGCCUUGGAAGCUCAGGAGCUGAAACUGCGAAGCUGCGAGAAACCAUUCAAGCUUCAAGAACUUUAAGUGCGGAAGAGGUUAAAUAUUGCCAAGAGGCUAUCGAUAAGAUUCAGUGGAGUAUCGACGCGCUGAGCAGCUCUCACGAUGACCGCCAAAUCAGCCAUAGCUUUCAGAUGGUAUUCGCUUGGCCUCUGCUUAUAGACGUCAAAGUUGUAGACCUGCUGCUGAGCAGAAAUCCGGAAGCACUACUAGUUUUGGCGUUCUAUGGAGUGGUACUACAUCUGUAUCGAGGUGCUUGGCUGUUCCGCAAUAUUGGCACACAAGUCGUGGAAAGCAUUGUAUCAUAUCUAGGCCCAGCCCAUCAGCACAUAACGUGCUUGGCAAAUGACAUGGUCCACGCCAACCCAGAUUAG